CCUGCUUCCUUUCGAUCCGCCAGCUGCGGCCGGUCUGCUGCAAGCCAGAGGCAAUCAUCAGGAAAUUCCCUUGAUAUCAUAACCCGUGACAGCAACCUCUAAUUAAUCAUCAACCUUGUAACAUGAUCCUGGCCCAUAACAAGGAGACCCACUGAAUCUUUGGAAACCUGUCCACGGGCCUUCUCCAGACAAUUCUUUCCAGACCCAGGGACCUGUACCCUAGGACCCCAGGCUGAUGGGGGCCCAGCUCUGCUCACAGGCUGACGCCAAGGCACCGCGAGAGACGCUCCGCUUCCACGCUGAGGCUAAGGGCAUGCAGGUGCAUCUCGAUGCCCGGCGGUGCACUGCGCAGAGGUGCGCCACGUUCCACGACGGCAUCGUGUUCAGCCAGCGGCCUGUGCCGCCCGGCGAGCGGGUGGCUCUGCGCGUGCUGUGGCACGAAACCCGCUGGUACGGAGGGCUCCGGGUGGGCUUCACGCGCCUGGACCCCGCACAGGUGUCCGCGCCCAGCUUGCCGCCCUUUGUGUGCCCAGACCUAGAGCAGCAGAGCCCGACGUGGGCGGCCAUGCUGCCCGAGGGCGGCGCGCUGCUGGGGGACGUGAUCCACUUCUGGGUGAACUGCCGAGGCCGGCUCUACGCCAGGGUCAACGCGGGGCCCCGGCUCCUGCUGCGCAAGGGCGUGCCCCUGGACGCCCCACUCUGGGCCGUGAUUGACGUGUACGGGACCACCAAAGCCAUCGAGCUGCUGGAUACCACAGCCAGCGUCAUCCCCUCCGCCAUGCCAUGGGCCUUCAGCGAUGAGACUCUGCAGCCUCAGGCCACAGCAGAACUAGAGUGCAUCAUCUGCUUCGACCAUGCUGCCAACACCUGCCUUCUUCCCUGCGGCCAUGCAUACUUCUGCAGCUCCUGCGCCGGUCGGGUCCUCAGGGACUCAGCCAAGUGCCCUGUGUGUCGUUGGGAGAUCAAGGCCAUGGCCCCUGCGUGAGGUACCCCCACCCACAUUCUGGAGGCAUCAGAAAAGCUGGUCAGCAGCAGGCCUGGCAUGAAGAGGGCAGCGGGAAGGCCAUGGUGCUUCCCCCCCUCCCUAAAAGGUCAUUGGGGCCAGCCCCUUUUCCUGCCCUCAACAGAACUGUCUCCCUGCUGCUUCAGCACUGGGCCCUCUGCUUAGCCAAGUUCAUUUGUGCCCAGGGUUUGCCAAGGCUUUUGCCUGACCACCAGGUGCAGCCACCGUAGACCUGACCAGCGGUCCUGGUCCCCAUAGGUCACGUCAAGGAGAAGGGCCAUUGUUCAGCGAUGGGGCAGCCUGAUCCCUGGUUUUAGACUGGAGGAACCUCUGCUAUAGGCAUAGAUCUGGGAGAAGCGCAGCCCAUCCCGGGGUAUCAAGAAGCCGGGAGCAGAUGCGGGGAAGCUUCUGGAUGGCAUGUUUACAUGCCUGUGUAGAAGCUGAGUCACCCCGAUAAGCCCUCCAUA